AUGAGCUCUCGUCUCAAGAGUUUAGGCUUCGGUUCCAAACGAAAGAGCAGUGCCAACAUCCAACCCACCUCGGUCGCGUCGCCCAACGGUUCCACCUCCACGACCGGGACUCCUCCUCCCCCGAAUUCCUCUCAGACCAGCCUGCCUCCCAUGAAUCAGCCUGGUGUCCCCGGCCGGCCUCCUAGCUAUACCUACAAUAAUGCCCAGGGUCGCCCUCAGUCGCCCAUGCCACCGGGACAAACCCAGAUGGCGCACCAUCCACCAUCCAUCGACACGAGACAAGGCUAUGUUGGGGGCAAUCCUCAACUAGGACCGCCACAGCCUCCGGGGUAUGGUGGUGCAUACGGUCAAAUGGCUCCUCAGGCGGGCAUACAACCACUACAAAAUCAGUUUGCGCCCGCCCGCCCAGCGGAAGUGGAAGGCGCAGGCCGAAGUAAGGCACAAUUGAUUGUGGGCAUUGAUUUUGGCACGACCUUCUCCGGCGUGGCAUUCGCAUUUGCGACAAACACUGAAGCCAAGGAGGAUAUCAUAACAGAGUGGCCAGGCGCAGGCAAUCAGACCAAGCAAAAGAUUCCGACUGUUCUCUACUAUGACCAAUACCAGAAAGUCGUCGGCUGGGGCCCGGAUAUCGCUGACGCCCUGGCUCCAACCGGCUACCCAAAGCCAGGAGUUCAGAAAGUUGAAUGGUUCAAACUACAACUGAUGCUCUCGGGCAACACAUACAUAGAUCCCAUCAAUCUUCCUCCUCUUCCCCCUGGGAAAUCUGAAAUCGAUGUGGCCGCCGAUUAUCUGUUCAAGUUACGACAAGCCAUGCGCGUGCAAUUGCAGAAGACCCUGGGCGAAGUCUUCAACCGAGAGGAGCGCAACAUCCGCUACUUCUUGACCGUGCCGGCCAUCUGGAAUGAUGCAGGUAAGGCGGCGACCAGAGCCGCGGCCAUCCAAGCUGGUUUCAUUCGAGACGAGAACGACAACAGACUCACAUUAAUCACGGAGCCUGAAGCCGCUGCCAUGUUUUGCUCCAAGACCGGUCUACUCAACCUCAAAAUUCAUGACGCAGUGCUCAUCGUCGACUGUGGUGGCGGCACUGUCGAUCUGAUCGCCUAUGAGGUUGAGGAGGAAACUCCCUUCACCGUCGCGGAAUGCACGGCCGGUAGCGGUGAUUCUUGUGGAUCGACUGCUCUGAACCGCAACUUCUCCAACAUUCUGCGCGCAAAGAUUCGAAAGAUGAAGCUACCAGAUGGGUCAAAGACAGCUGGCAGGGUGUACGCAAAGUGUAUCAUGGACUUCGAAAACAGAAUAAAAGCCGACUUCCGCAACAACGGUCAGAAAUGGGCAGUAGACGUCGGGAUCGAGGCUGAGUUCCCAGAAGCUGGCAUAGAGGAGGGGUACAUGACGUUCACCAACGAGGAAAUUCUCCAGUGCUUCGAACCGGUCGUCAAUCGCAUUCUCGAGCUUGUCCGCAACCAGAUAAUUGCCAUUCAGGCGCAGAACCGAUCGUUACAGAACGUCCUUGUCGUGGGUGGUUUCGGAGCUUCCGAGUAUCUAUUCCAACAGAUCAAGCUACAUGUCCCUCCCCAAUUCCAAUCCAAAGUUGUGAGGCCCAUGGACUCGGUGGCAGCCAUUGUCAAGGGCGCUGUCACUGCGGGUAUCACAGAAAGAGUCAUCACUUCGCGAGUCGCUCGAAGACAUUAUCUUAUGGCGACGUUGCAACCAUUCAAAGAAGGCUACCACCCAGAACAAUACCGUGUCCCCAGUCUGGACGGUAAGGAUCGAUGUAAAUACACCCGUCAGAUCUUUGUUCAGAAGGGUGAAAGGGUCAAGAUUGGCGAGCCCGUCAAAGUUUCAUUUUUCAGACAAGUUGCCCCUGGAGCUACACUUAUGUACGAGGAUAUUCUGUACGCGUGCGAUGAGGAUGUCUGUCCCGAGUACACCAAAGACCCCCGAAUCAAGGAGGUUGUCACCCUUACAUCCGACCUGUCGAGAAAGAACCUGGAGAAGGACUUUGAACGAAUGGAUACGCCCCAAGGCACGUUUUAUCGCGUCUAUUUCGACAUCUAUCUGACUCUGGACGGAUCCGAAUUCAACGCCGAGCUAGUCUGCCAAGGAGAAGUCAUGGGAAGGUGCACUGCACGAUUUAGAUGA